AUGACAAUUGAAGAACAUCAAGAAUACGGUGCUGCUUUAUGGUUUGAUGAACUGUGGUAUUUCUAUGACUUCGUCGAAAUUAAUGGCUCUUGGGAGAGCCGAAUACAACGCAUCUUCUCAGCGAUAUCAGAAUACUGCCCAGGUUAUGUGGACUGGAUACCAAAGCACUCAAUCAUAUUCUCGAAACUCUUACGAGCAAUGGACUUGAGCGUUCGAGAUGGUAAGGUAUCAGUGGGCGACGGGUCUGGAAUGGGCUCAGAGUCGUCUGGUGCCGAAUGGAUUGUAUGGAUGUUGGGUGGGCCAAACGAUAGUGCUGAACGCCAUCUGUGCCGUCUAAUUCGAUGUAUCGAAUCGUUUCUUCAUCCACUACAUGAUGGAGGUCACACCCUAACCUUACAGCUGUUUCUUGCGGCAUUGGUCAACGAAAUGGUCAGACGUGUUCGUAUGGAACGAGUUCGAAAUAAAACCAAACAUAAGGUUCCCAAAUGGAUGCGAUUAACAGACAGUCAAAUCGAGUCAUUCGUAACAAUUCUGUUACCGUCGGUAACUUAUUCAGCCUUUUCGACGGUUGAAACCUCACUGCCAUCCAACAUACUCAGAUUUCUCGCCUUUCUGGCACCACACCUUGUGCUACCUCAAGUCAUUGAUUUUGUAUAUCCAUCAUUUUCAAAUACCACCGAACCGAAUCGUCUCAAACAAUCGCUGGAAUGUUUGGCUGAGGUUUGUGUACCGUUGAUCAGAGAUGAUGGCAAACGUUUCUAUGCGAAUUUCAAUAAAUGCUCUCGUAACUGGAUCAACGAAAUGCGGAAUGAUAACAUGGACAGCAUGGAGGCUUUAAUGUUUACCGAAAGUUUGGUGCUGCGUAAAAUGUGGAAUAGUCGCCCUCCAAAAGAAUCAAUACGCUCCGUGCAGUUACAAAGGAAUGCUCCAGGAAGAGAGCCGUUACGAUAUCAUGCGAUCGUACUGCUGGACUGUUUGGUUUCUGCCAUCGAUAUCAACGAUAUCGUGAAGUUAUCGCUAGCUUUCAGGGUAAUUUAUCAAAAAUACUUUGACAGAUUACCUAUAAAUGGUCCAUAUGAACCAAAUCUUAUUUUUAGAUCAAAACGGACUGCGUGA